AUGAUGUUUAUUAGCUCUGAUUUUAAAGAAGAGAUACGAUCUAUAACAAGCCCUUUUACGCAACCACAACCGAAAGAUUCUUUGGAGAAAAGGACAGAAUGUUGUAUAGACAUUACAAGAGAGACCAAAAGUGAUGCAGUCGUCAAUUCAGCACCAAACAUUGGAAGUAAAGUUCUCCUUUAUGGAAAGCAUAUGGAGGCUAUCAAGUUCACUGGUCGUGUGCAUUAUGCCAAAGGAGAGUUCGUAAGCGUUGCCUUAAACUCACUAGUUGGUAAGAACAACGGAUUGAUCAAGGGUAAAUAA